GAUCCGAACCCGAAGCAAAAGGAGAGGCAGCAAAUAAGGAAGUCCCCAAAUGGCCGAGCGUUUGUCGCUACGACUGACGCUUCCGCAUUCUUCACCAACUACAGCAAAAGCCAUGGCAGCUACUGCUUUAGGAAGCGCCGCCGCCGCCGCCGCCGCCUCCGCCUCCGCCUCAUCAACCUCCCGUUUCCUCUCCUCAGCCACCAGGGCUACGCUGACGUUCUCUUCCCGUUCACCGUUGAUCCUCCCUCGCUCCUCGUCUUCGUCAUCUUUCCAGUUCCUCAGAUCGUCUCCUCUCACUUCUCACCUUUUUCUGAAUCAGGGACGCCCAAGCUCCUGUGUAUCAAAUAGAGGAUUCAAUGCGGCGACUCAUCCGAAAUGCCUGGCAUCGGACCCUGAGCAGUUGAAGAGUGCUAAAGAAGAUAUCAAGAAGCUCCUGCAGACCACAUUCUGCCAUCCUAUUUUGGUACGGUUGGGUUGGCACGAUGCUGGAACUUACAAUAAAAAUAUUGAGGAAUGGCCGCAGAGAGGUGGAGCUAAUGGAAGUUUAAGAUUUGAGGUUGAGCUGGGACAUGGUGCUAAUGCUGGUCUUGUUAACGCCUUGAAACUCAUUGAGCCUAUCAAGGAGAAGUAUUCUAACGUGACAUAUGCAGACCUAUUCCAGCUGGCCAGUGCUACAGCCAUCGAGGAGGCUGGGGGACCCAAAAUCCCCAUGAAGUAUGGAAGGGUGGAUGUUGUGGGGCCAGAACAAUGCCCUGAAGAGGGAAGGCUUCCUGAUGCUGGUCCUCCAUCACCUGCUGGACAUCUACGAGAUGUUUUCUACAGAAUGGGGUUGAAUGACAAGGAAAUAGUUGCAUUAUCUGGGGCACACACGUUAGGGAGAGCCAGGCCAGAGCGCAGUGGUUGGGGCAAGCCAGAGACCAAAUAUACGAAAGAUGGACCUGGUGCACCUGGUGGACAGUCCUGGACUGCACAAUGGUUGAAGUUUGACAAUUCGUAUUUUAAGGAUAUCAAAGAGAGGAGAGAUGAAGAAUUACUGGCGUUGCCAACUGAUGCUGUUCUCUUUGAAGAUCCAUCAUUCAAGGUUUAUGCUGACAAAUAUGUUGAAGAUCAAGAAGCCUUCUUCAAGGACUAUGCUGAAGCUCAUGCCAAACUUAGCAACCUUGGUGCUAAAUUUGAUCCUCCAGAGGGUAUUGUGAUAGACGAUGCAUCUUCGAAACCUGUGGGAGAGAAGUUCGAGGCUGCCAAAUACUCAUAUGGGAAGGAUUAGAAACAAGUAUCAUGUUUUGUGCCGUGUCUUUUAAUAAUACAAGUUGAAGCUAUAUUCAAAUCCUGACAUCUGUGAUGUCACAUCUAAAACUUGGAAGAGUCUUAAGUGAAGAAGAGUGGAAUAAAAUUCAAUAGUAUUGCCUAUUUGAAUUGCAGAGAGAGCUGUCAGACUCGAUGAAGCAGAAGAUUCGGGCAGAAUAUGAAGCUUUUGGUGGAAGUCCAGAUAAGCCUCUACCAACAAACUACUUCC